AUGAGCUCCAAGGAAAUCGAACCCCAGACAUACUCGGAGAAGGACCCUGGUCCACUGGAAGAAGCUGCCCCACACGGCCUGCCACCUCUUGAGGAUGCGACAAAGGGUCGCUGGGAGCGCAGCUGGCCUACUAUUGCUUGUGGUGCAGGUCUCUUUUCCGAUGGUUACCUCAAUGGUGUCAUUGGCCAAGUCAAUACGAUGCUUGACUACCUCUAUCCGACUGCAUAUGCCAACUCUACAGCAAGCCAGAACGUCUCAUCGAUCGCCUUUGUCGGAACUGUGGUCGGCAUGCUUAUCUUUGGCUACACGAGUGACCACUGGUCGCGCAAGUGGUCCCUGAUGAUUUCGACCAUUAUUUUGUUUGUAUUUGCGGCUCUUUGCGCAGGGUCGUAUGGAUACCACGACAGUACGUAUGGGAUGUUCGCAGCUCUCACUGCUUACCGGUUUUUCAUCGGAAUUGGCAUUGGUGGUGAAUACCCAGCCGGCUCGGUCGCUUGUGCAGAGAAUACCGGCGAGCUGAAGAGUGGCCAUCGCAACCGGUGGUUCAUCAUGUUCACCAACUUUCAAAUCGACUUUGGGUUCGUUGUGUCGGCUCUUGUGCCCACGAUUGUAUGUGCUAUCUGUACUCAAGAUCACCUUCGAGUGGCCUGGCGUAUCUGCUUGGGGCUGGGUGUUAUUCCUCCCUUGAGUCUCGUCUACCUCAGAUACAAGAUGAAUGAGCCAGAAGAAUUCAACCGUCAGCGCAUGCACGUCUUUCCGGUUAAGCUGAUCUUCAAGUUCUACUGGAAGCGCCUGUUUACCGUGUCUUUGAUCUGGUUCAUCUAUGACUUUUCGUCCUACUCCUUCGGUUUGUACUCUUCGGAGUUCUUGGCUUUGAUCCUGCCCUCGACCGCACCACUUUGGAAGAACUUCGGCUGGACCACUGUGAUCUACCUCUUCUACAUCCCCGGAUCUAGCCUGGGAGCUUUUGCCAGUGACUGGCUUGGCCCAAAGCAGACACUGGCCAUCGGAGUUUUCGCACAGGGGGUAGUUGGAUUCCUCAUGUCCGGGUGCUACGGUUGGCUUGCCACUGAGAAGUAUAUGGGUGCUUUUAUCGUGGUUUACGGUGUCUUUUUGGCUCUGGGCGAGUUUGGUCCUGGUGACAACAUUGGUCUGAUCGCGGCCAAGACCAGCGCUACCGCCAUCCGUGGACAGUACUACUCUUAUGCUGCAGCCAUUGGAAAGAUCGGUGCCUUUGUGGGUACUUACGUCCUUCCUAUUGCUAAAAAAAAUGCCCCCAACAAGGUCCGCGCUGGCCAGGAUCCCUUCUUCAUUUCCAGCUCUCUCUGCAUUCUCAGCGCUGUCCUCGCCUGGUUCCUUCUCCCCCAAAUCAACCAGGACACAAUCACUUACGAGGAUGAAAGAUUCCGCGAGUUUCUGGCCGAACAGGGCUAUGAUACGUCGACCCUGGGUACUGAUCUAGAAGCCCGAACCCAGCUCCCCCAUGCGCCUUAA